UUGGAGGGGAAUAGAAAUAAACAAUGAGGCUUUUCCCAACCAAAUUGUAUUCAAGCUAUUGACACAUAGCUACAGAAAUUGUUUUUAAAAAACUAAACUGUAAAUUUUUUAUUGAAAAUGUACGCAAGUGGGCAGGUGGCAAGAGCGCUAAGACACUGUAGUCCGCUCAUAAGGCAGUUCCUGUCUCAGAAGCCACUAAUGCGGACGACGAUACCCUCAGAGAUGUCUGUUCGGAUGAUGGCCACCAAGGAGUCGAAGGAAGUAGGCAAAGGAAGUGAAGCAAACAAAGCAGGUGGCGGAAGCGGAAAAAAUGGACCUGCUAUUGUAGCUCCAGAUGGUAGUGUCAUGGCAUCUCCCGUCACCCUGAAAGUUAUUCCAGCCCGGGAUCCACCGAAAUUGGGCUACGACGAUCGCAAUAUGAUGCGGGGCCGGGAGUUAUCGCCGCAUUUGAGUAUAUAUAAGCUACAGUUGACAUCUGGGCUGUCAAUAUGCCUUCGAAUUAGUGGCUUUGUGCUGGGGGUGUUCGUUUGGGCAUUGGGAAUAUCCGGACUUAUAUGCCAGGGUAAUAUGGAAGAAUUUUUGACUAAGGUCCAGGACUGUGAUUGUGAUACACUUCGGACAUUAACAAAGGUGAUGGUGGCUAUACCCUUCGCUUAUCAUAUGGUCGCAGGAACGCGCCACUUGAUCUGGUAUCUGAACUUGUUUACCUCGAUUCCGGAAGUAUACGCCACUGGAUAUGUAGCCAUUUUAUUAGCUAUUGUAGUGGCCGUUGGUUUAGUGAAUGCCAAAUCUUCCGAGCCAGAGCCUAAGGUUGUAGACCUUUCAAAAGGGAAAAAAGGCCAGAAGGCGGAUCCAAAGAAGAAUGCAAAGCCCGAUCCAAAGAAGCCUGACCCGAAAGCUAAAGCCGCCCCAAAAGCUAAAGCCGACCCAAAGAAAGACCCCAAAAAGGGAGAUUCCAAAUAGGAAUACUAAGCCAUAAAUGAUAAUCUAUAUCUAAUAUAGUUUUUAUAUUUUGUAUUUGACUGGGAAUUCGGAUAUCCUUAAAAAAUUUAUUGUAUUAUAAUUUUGUGAAAUACAUAUAUUUUGCUUAUAUUUUUCCUUUGACGAAAAACGAU